AUGUUACCCCUAAUCACCCUCGAGGAACACUUUCUUUCCUCCGCGGUUCUUGCCGCCCAGCAAGCAAGCGGGACCCCUGAUCCAUUCGCAGGGUUCCCAGUUCAGAUCACUAGGAAACUAAAAUCUCUCAACGACGAACGUAUAAACGACAUGGAUGAUGGAAACAUCUCUCUACAAAUCCUUUCUCAUGGUCCUAUGGAUCAUGCUCCUCUCAAAUUGUGUCAAGAAAUCAACGAUGAACUCGCAGCUGCUGUCUCCAAAAAUCCGACCCGCCUAAAAGGCUUCGCAACUCUGCCUAUGGGAUCGCCUGUAGAAGCAGCUCAAGAGUUGAACCGCUGCAUUGAUAAACUCGGCUUUGUGGGUGCGUUGAUUGAUAAUCAUCUUGAUGGCGAAUUCUACGAUAAUGAGAAAUUCUGGAGUAUUUUUGAAACCGCUAGUGCUUUAGAUGUACCCAUCUAUAUCCAUCCCAAUUUCACAGCUGAAAAGGAUAUGAGCAAAUACCUGUUGGGACAUAUGGGGGAGCUUUUGCCAUUUAACUUGGAGAGAAUAUUCAAGGUAUCGGCGAGGUGGGGAAGGGAAAGAGGAUUAGAAAAGGUUUGGGAGGAAAACUUGUGGGUUACUACUAGUGGGAUGUUUUCGUUGGCGCCGUUGGCGUGUUUGGUGCAGACGAAGGGGAAGGAUAAGAUUUUGUUUAGUGUUGACUAUCCGUUUUCGGAGAAUGGGACGGGGAGGGAGUUUGUGAAGAGGGUGGCUCAGAGUGGACUUUUUGGGGGGAGGAUUCGGCGGAGAUGA